GCCGCCUAUCCACAGGCCGCGUCGACGACGCCACUCCCUUUUGUGGGACUCGGUUCGCCGGUCAACCCACACGGCGCCAACGGACUCAACCUCGGCCUCGGAUUGGCCGCUCCGCCGAUGAUGCUGGCCGGUCCCAUCGCCCAUUCCGUCGGCGACUCGACCACCGGCGCCCGGCAACGCGCUACCACCACCAACGUCGGCGUCGGCGUUGGCGUCGGCGUUGGUGUGGCUCGGCAGUUUGCCACCAACGGCUUUGUGCGUCGACCUGCGGCCGACGUCUACGCGUCGGGCCAAUGGGCGCCGGAGGCCGACUUCUCGGCGCCGGCCAAUCUCGAGUUGCCGUGUCUGCAGGCCUGCCACGCCGAUUGGUCGCUGAACGCCUACUUGGCGGCUUGGCAGAACGUCGACUUCUACUGGCGUCGCUAUUUCACCAAACACGUCGUCCUCGCCCUCUUUCAAACCGCCAGCCUGCUCGCCAUUGUCUACGCCGUCGCGCUCGGUCACGGCGCCCCCUUUGCCGCUCUCUUUCGCUGCCAUCUGCCCGACACGACUCCGACGCCGACGGCGACGGCUACGGCUACGGCGACGGCGACGGCGACGACCGGAGCGUGGCUGGUGUGUCAUCUGAAGACGACAUUUUUGAUCAACAUUUCAGUUUUGUCCUUUGCCUUUGUCUGUCUCUGCGGACUCGCCUUUCAGGCAGUCUUCUUCUACUCGGCCUUCUACCAACCGCGCCGUCUCGGCCACGACGCGUCGGCCUACCUCGGCCUGGCGACGCGUCGGCAUGGCGACGUCGACGUCGACGCCAACGCCGACGCCGACGCCCGUCUGCACGGACGGGACGAGGCGGGCAAAAGUUUCUUCGGCGACUACAUUCGUCUGUUGGCCUACUCGGCUCUGCGAGAGACGACGCAACGCGAGAUCCGCGGUCUCGUCGUCGCGUUGGCGCCGGGACUGUUCCACACCGACUUCCACUACGUCGGCUUGUUGUGCGCGGAGAAUGCUGACCUGCUGCCGGACGCACUGCACAUCCACUACUGGACACAACGACACGCCCGGCAACUGCAACGUCGUCGCUUGGGCCUGCAACAGUCGCGAGCCUCGCAGUGGGGCCUACGUCGAGCGGCCAGCAUCAGCCAGCUGGUGCGAAGCGAGGAUCUUUCGGUGAAAUUGCAUUUCAGCAAAGUCCGCAUCAAAGUGGAGGUUAGCGAUCUCUUCUUUUAG